AUGAGUGCCAAGAAGCAGGAGGAGAUACGGGCCCUGCAGAUUAAGUUGGAGACGACGCAGAAGGCAUUAGAGGAGACGAGGAAGGUACUACAGACCAUGCGGGAUCUGCAUAGACAGUCUAAUGAGCUCAUGGGCACCCUCUCCUUAUAG